AGAAAUCAAACGAAGCCUCCAAUUGAUUUUCGACCGCGAUCCUCCACAGAAGUACAGAAUUGCUAAAAGUGAAGAGAAGCUGGGUCCGAGCGAGCGUAUCCAAACGAGGAAACAUAUUCCAACGCUCCCGUGACGCGAAACGCUGUAAAAAUUGAAAGUCAAAUGAAUUCUGUAUUAAACUGUGUGUGUGCGUGUAAUUCAAGCGUCAAUUUGAUGAUAAAAUUUGCCUGCGCCCCUGCCAAUGUGUCUGUGCGCUGCUGUUGAGCAUAAGAGCCUGUGAUUGUGUGUGUGUUUGUGCGUGUCGGUGAGAGCGUCGAGCAUAAGAAAACAGCGCAAAACAACAACAACUUUAAGCCAGCGACGCUUAGCGAAAGAGUGGAACAAAGAGAACGGCGCGAGAAGUCACCAUUUUAGUAGACGAAGAAAGUAAGAAAAAGGAGCAAAGAUGUCCAGUUUCCAGAUUCACCAAGACACCAGCAACAAGGAAAACCCGGGCCUUACGAUUCCGGCCGGAGUGAAAAAUGCCAAGCAGCCGUUGGGCGUAAAAUCGGAGAAAAAUGCGCUUGCGCCACGGACUAACUUCGCCGUGCUCAAUAGCAACAACAAUGUGCCGCGUCCGUCAGGAAAAGUGCAAGUCUUACGUGACGUGCGGAACCAUAAUGUGGAUGAAAAUGUGGAGUAUGGGGCCAAAAAAUCGAAUGUGGUGCCGGUGGUGGAGCAGUUCAAGACCUUCUCCGUUUACGAGGACAACUGCGACACCCAGGUGGCGCCACCCGGCAAAUCGCUGGCAUCCUUUGCCGACAAGGAAAACCAAUAUGCCGGCGUUAAGUUCGAUGCGGGGCAAAAGGAUUUUGUCAAUUGCGAUCCGGACGGCACGCCCAUGUCCGUGACUGAGGUCAUAUCACCCAUGUCCGUGGAUCGCUCGAUCCUUGGUGUCAUCCAGUCGAAUGACGACAGUGUCGUGGAAGUGGUAGCCAAGCCCAAGGAGCUUCCGCCGUGCAACGAUCGCCAGCGGUUCUUCGAAGUGGUCCAGUACCAGAUGGACAUACUCGAAAAUUUCCGGGAGAGUGAGAAGAAACACCGCCCGAAGCCAUUGUAUAUGCGCCGGCAGAAGGAUAUUAGCCACAACAUGCGCUCCAUCCUGAUUGACUGGCUGGUUGAGGUGUCCGAGGAGUACAAGCUGGACACGGAGACGCUCUACCUAUCCGUUUUCUAUCUGGAUCGCUUCCUCAGCCUGAUGGCGGUGGUGCGCUCCAAGUUGCAGCUGGUCGGCACAGCAGCCAUGUACAUUGCCUCGAAAUACGAGGAGAUCUAUCCCCCAGAUGUGGGCGAGUUUGUCUUCCUCACCGACGACAGCUACACCAAGGCCCAAGUGCUGCGCAUGGAACAGGUCAUCCUGAAGAUUCUCUCCUUCGAUCUGUGCACACCGACUGCUUAUGUAUUUAUCAACACGUACGCGGUGCUGUGCGACAUGCCCGAGAAGCUGAAAUUCCUGACGCUGUACAUUUCUGAGCUGUCGCUGAUGGAGGGUGAAACCUACUUGCAAUACUUGCCCUCUCUGAUGUCGUCCGCUUCGCUCGCUUUGGCGCGCCACCUUCUCGGCAUGGAGAUGUGGUCGCCGCAGCUGGAGGAGAUUACCACCUACAAGCUGGAGGACCUGAAAACCGUGGUCCUGCAACUCUGCAACACACACAAAAUGGCUAAGGACCUCAACACGCAGGCCAUGCGGGAAAAGUACAAUAGAGACAAGUACAAGAAGGUUGCUGCGAUCGAAUCAAUUAAGCUGACCAAAGAGGACUUUGAUCAGCUUUGCCAGGCCUACAACGCCAAGCAGAACGAGAAUCAGCAGCAAUUCCAAAUCGAACGUGAAUUUGUUUUAUAAGUUUUAAGUGUUUUUCGCCUCUGCCAUGGUCAAAUUGUAUUUUAGUUUAGUGUACCCCCAUGUAGCAUUUCGUAGUUUUAGAUAUAAGUGUAAACACCACACACACUCACAUACACAACGUAGAGGAAAGGCAGUUUGAUGCCAUAAAAAAAAGAGGUCGCAUACGAGCUCUCUGCAGUGAUUGGCCGAUUGGCAAGCUCCCGUAAAAAGUACUGGACAAUUUUAUAUGCGCGCCAUAUGAAAGAUUAGUUUCCAAACCAAGUACUCUUAAUUUGAACCCAGCAUUCACGUCUGUCCACGGUGAGAGCUUGCCACGCCAAGCGUGAGCAGUAGGAACUGCGGCAGUCUUAGUCUAUCCGACCAACAACAACGAAAACCUUACCUAGUUGAUCUGCCCAGGUUACCAAUAUUUUAUUUUCUGUUCUAUCUCUGUUCUCGAUGUAUUUUUAUGUAUUUAUAAAUUGAUUCAUACGGGAUGUAUACAAUGUGUCUUAAGCAGAAACAGCUAGCUUGAAGAACUAUUUUACCUUAACAUAUUUAUACAUAUAAACCAACUAUAUUAGGCCAAGAAUGUUCUGUGAACCACGAUACGAAAUACAUAAGUGAAUUUUACAAAAUAUA